CUGGAAAUCAGGACUAAGACCAGGAAGCCAGGCUGCCUGGAGAGCAGAGCCUUGGGGUUGUGACAAGGAGCACGGUGCAUCAUGGAGUCCUGACAAAGGAUCAUGGUGCAUCAUCUUUAUCCAGGAUUUUGACCUCCACCCACUCUCCUAGAUACGGACAACUUGGCUCAAGGCCUGGCCUUGUGGACAUGGGCACCCCAGGCCCCAACCAGGCCCCCAGCUAUGUUCCCAGGCUGGCUGAUUCUCACCCUCCUGUCUGUGCUGAGUCUGGGGACCCAGGCCUUCAACAGUCAACUUGUCAAAUGCUUUGAGGAUCCCCAGUAUGAAGAGCUACUGCAGCUGGCUCAACGUGGACUGGGGCAGACAGCUGAAAGGAAACGGAUAGUAGUGAUUGGGGCAGGCAUGGCUGGGCUCACCGCUGCCAAGAUUCUGCAGGAUGCUGGCCACCAGGUGACAGUCCUGGAAGCUUCAGGACGUGUAGGAGGCAGAAUAGAGACCCACAGAGUUCCCGGAGCCCAGUGGUACAUUGAGCUGGGAGCCAUGAGGAUCCCUGUGAACCACAGACUCUCUCGUGAAUUUGUCAACAAGUUUGGAUUGACUCUCAAGGAGUUCUGCCCCUGUAACAAUCAGACCUGGGUCCUGAUGAACAGAGUGCGUCAGCGUGCAGGGGCUGUGCAGGCUGACCCCAGCAUUCUGGGCUACCCUGUCAGAGAAGAUGAGGUGGGGAAGACAGCAGAACAGCUCUUUGACGAAUCACUGAGGAAGGUGGUGGAGGAGCUGAAGAGCAGCAGCUGCAGCCAGGUGCUGGAGAAGUAUGACUCCUUCUCCACCAAGGAAUUCCUGAUCAAGGUGGGGAACCUGAGCCGUGGGGCAGUGCAGAUGAUUGGCCACCUGCUGAAUGCAGACUCUGGCUACUACGAGGCCUUCACAGAAACUCUGCGUGGUAUCAUCUCCUUCUUCCAGGAGCCUAGGUUUGACGAGAUCGUCGGGGGCUUUGACCAGCUGCCCCAGGCCCUGCACAGCUCCCUGCAACCAGGGACGGUGAGGCUCCACUCGCCCGCGGAGGCCGUGGAGACGGCCGGCCAGCACAUCUACGUCACCCACGGGACCCCGGACCCCCUGCGGCCCCGGGCGCGCCUGGCGGCGGACUUCCUGGUGGUGUCGAGCACAGCCAAGGCGGCCCGGCUGCUGCGCUUCCAGCCGCCGCUGUCACUGCGCAAGGAGGACGCGCUGCGCUCCGUGCACUACAACAGCGCCAGCAAGAUCAUCCUGGCCUGCGCACGCCGCUUCUGGGAGUGGGACGGCAUCUUCAGCGGCAAGUCCAGCACCGACCGGCCUUCCCGCUUCGUCUACUACCCCGGCCAGGUAUUCCCCGACGGCACCGGUGUCAUCCUGGCCUCCUACACCCUGGACGACGACUCUGCCUUCUUCGCUGCCAUGGACCACCGACGGGUGGUGGACGUGGUCUUCGACGACCUCGCGGCCAUCCACGACCGCCCCAUCGAGGAGCUGCGGGCCCUGUGCCCCUACUCCAUGGUCAAGCACUGGGGCCAGGACCCUUACGCCAUGGGUGGCUUCGCCUUUUUCACCCCCUAUCAGUACGUGGACUACGCGCAGGAGCUGAGCCGGCCCGAGGGGCGCGUCUACUUCGCUGGGGAGCACACGGCACUGCCGCACGGCUGGAUCGACACCGCCAUCAAGUCCGGGCUCCAGGCAGCAAGGCUCAUCCAAGAGGCGGUGGACCUGGCGGCGCCCAGAGACUGUGAGGACAGGAAGGAGCCCCGCUCCAAAGCCGAGCUGUAG